GGGCAGACAUGGAGUCAAUGGAGGAGAGAGGCGGUGAGAGGAGGAGGAGGAAAGGGAGGGAGGAAAAGAGAGUUGGGAUAUGAGGGGAAGACUAAAGUAGAAACAAAGGGACGCUGCAGGUGUGUGGAGUUGGCCAUCCUGAAUAUCAUUAGCAAGCAGGCGAGCUGUGGCUGCGAGAGGUGAGGGAACAGGUAGACAAGUUCUAAAGAAGCAGUUUAGUUAAUUUCCCUCAAAGUGCAAGUGCAGACAGAGACAUGGCCCUUCUCACCAGCGGCACGCAGAAUCUGGACUCGUAUUACUGCCUGAUCCGACGCAGGUUCAAGAGGAGGCGCAAGAAACGCUCCGAGCGCAAAGGUGCAGCGGGGGCGAGGCUGCUCUCGGGUCAGAACAAACCUGUCGCCAUGGAUGUGGAUGAGGAGGAGAAUAUGAGUUCAAGCAGCACCGAUGUUAAGGAAAACCGAAACCUGGACAACGUGUCCUGCAAAGAUGGGCUGGGAGUGGCUGAACAGCUGCCAAAUGGAAGCGGGCUGAGCAGUCGAAAGCGCCCCCUAGAGGAGGGAAACAAUGGGCACACACACUCCAAGUUCCGGGCAAAGAAGCGCAAGAAAACACCAGGGCCGGUCCUGCCCAAGAAUGCGCUGAUGCAGCUGAACGAAAUCAAACCGGGUCUCCAGUACAAACUGCUGUCUCAGACAGGACCAGUCCAUGCACCAGUUUUUGUAAUGACUGUGGAGGUCAAUGGACAGAUGUUUGAGGGCAUGGGCCCCACAAAGAAGAAGGCUAAACUGAAUGCAGCUGAGAAGGCGCUGCGUUCCUUCGUCCAGUUCCCCAAUGCUUCUGAGGCCCACCUGGCCAUGGGUCGAACCCUGACCGUGAACACAGACUUUACAUCUGACCAAGCUGACUUCCCAGACAUGCUCUUCAACGGCUUUGAGACCCCCGCUGCACCGGAAGACUCCUUCUAUCUAGGCUCCAAUGGUACCAGCUCCAUAAACUCACUAGGGGAGUAUCCACUGCCCACACCGCCUGGCAGCAACCUUGUCCAGCCCCCAUUGCCCCCUCCAUCAGCAUUCAGCUCGCCCUCCAGUGGCAAAAACCCAGUCAUGAUACUCAAUGAGCUCAGGCCAGGCCUCAAAUAUGACUUUGUCUCAGAGAGCGGGGAGAGUCACGCCAAGAAUUUUGUGAUGUCAGUAACAGUGGAUGCACAGACGUUUGAAGGCUCAGGGCGCAACAAGAAGCUGGCUAAAGCCCGGGCAGCGCAAGCCGCCCUUUCAGCUCUCUUCAACAUGCAGCUAGACCAGACACCAUCCCGGCAACCCAUACCAAGUGAGGGAUUGCAGCUUCACCUACCGCAGGUUCUGGCGGAUGCCGUCUCUCGCCUGGUGGUGGAUAAGUUCAGUGAGCUGACAGAAAACUUCACCUCCCCCCAUGCGCGACGGAAAGUCCUAGCGGGAGUCGUCAUGACAACAGGGACAGAUGUGAAGGAAGCACAGGUCAUUUGUGUCUCCACAGGAACCAAAUGCAUCAACGGUGAGUACAUGAGUGACCGCGGCCUGGCACUCAAUGACUGCCACGCUGAGAUAAUCGCCCGACGCUCGCUCAUCAGAUACCUCUACUCUCAGCUGGAGUUCUUCCUCAGCAACACCAAGGAGGACCACCACAAUUCCAUAUUCAUGCACUGUGACAAGGAAGGCUACAGGUUAAAGGACAAUGUUCAGUUCCACCUCUACAUCAGCACCUCGCCCUGCGGAGACGCCAGGAUCUUCUCUCCGCACGAGGCUGGCGUCGAAGGUUUGCAACCAUCGCAGUUCAUCCACACACAUCCAGCCUCGCUCCUCCUCUUCCUCGGCCCUGCCGACCAAGGAGACAGACAUCCUAACCGGAAAGCGCGGGGCCAGCUAAGGACCAAAAUCGAGUCAGGGGAAGGCACCAUCCCAGUGAGGUCGAGCAACACCAUCCAGACCUGGGACGGCGUGCUGCAAGGGGAGCGGUUACUCACGAUGUCAUGCAGUGACAAGAUCGCAAGAUGGAAUGUGUUGGGCCUCCAGGGCUCUUUGAUGAGCUACUUCUCAGAGCCAAUCUACUUCUCCAGCAUCAUCCUCGGCAGCCUUUACCACGCCGACCACCUCUCCCGGGCCAUGUACCAGCGCAUCGCAGACAUCGAGGACCUGCCCCAGCAGUUCACUCUCAACAGGCCUUUACUCAGCGGAAUAAGCAACGCGGAGGCCAGGCAGCCAGGCAAGGCGCCAAACUUCAGCGUGAACUGGACAGUGGGAGACCAGGCCUUGGAGGUGAUCAACGCAACCACGGGCAAGGACGACAUGGGCCGCGCUUCACGUCUCUGCAAGCACGUCCUCUACAGCCGCUGGGUGCGCCUACACGCCAAGCUGUCCUCCAUGCUGCGGAUCAAGGUGCUCAAGCCCAGCUCGUACCACGAAGCCAAGGAGGCGGCCACAGAGUACCACUCUGCCAAGCUGGCUCUCAUCAAGGCCUUCCACAAGGCCGGCCUGGGGGCGUGGGUCAAAAAGCCCAUCGAGCAAGACCAGUUCAGCCUCGGCUCCUGAGGGAGUCAAGGGACCAAGGGAUUCCUAACACCCCCUCCCCGAUCUGUGCCCCCCCUGACCCAGGCCUGAAAGCAAGAGAGCCCCUUAUUAACAGCCAGCCCACACAGACACUUACCUCCGUCCCACGUGUCAGCGCACGUGCACUUUGUACUUGUGGAAAUAAACGGGCGUAGUUUCACAAGCCAUCCAUAGCUACUCAUCUCUCAUUCCUCCGAGGACUCGAGCCUCGGCCACGUCUUCUCCUUUUAUUUGUACGAUUUUUAACCGAUGGUGUUUUUUCAUCUGCUCAUUUUAUGUUUUUAAAACUGGAAAAAUCAUGGUUUUUACUCCGCUCAGUCGUUUUAUGUUUCCCACAGAAGUCGUGUUUUACAAGUUGAAAAUUAUAAAGUCUUAUGUCUAUUUUCUUGAUCAGUGAUUGUAGCCAGUUUAGGGUGAAAUGUAGCCUAGAGACACAGGGUCUUUGUCAAGUAAAACCAACGUUUAUGGACCUAAAACAAAUAAUCUCUCUAUAUGUAUACUUGCUAAAAUUAACUUUAAUUUAAAGAUGCGUAAAAUCUUCAGGAUGUAAAUCUAGUGCUGAAAAGAAACCGAAGUUAAAAAUAGUUAAACAAAACAUUUAAUGUGUGUUAUUUGGGUCCGUUGCUUAGAGGAGACUACGUGUUGUCGGCCCCUGUAUUAAAGAAACUAAUGUUGAAAUGCUGUGGCCCUGUUUGAUUCACUGACUGGAAAAGGAAACUCAGCGCAGGGCAGGCGACGCAGCAGUUAAGUGAACGCAUGAUGAUUUCUGUCUUCAUUCAUCCAAUCCUUCCAUUCAUAAGUUAUUUUAUCUCAUCUCUCAUUUCAUUCUUGAACACUUCGGGGGGGGCUCAAGUGGACUCCCCCCCCUCCCCUCGCCUGGGUCUCGGGACAAGCUUCGGGAGGUGCUGCACGUUGUAUUUGACUUCUUUUUUUGUUUUUUUCUUGAUCUAAGCCAUGGCUUUGCAUGGGAACUGAACUGGGAGGCCUGCAGAGCAGAACACGCGCGGUGGAGGCGCCGCGUGCAUCCAUCAGUGAAUGAUUUUUUUUGAAUGAAUGCCAGCAUCUUCCUCCACAGGCAGCUUUGAAUCUUUGUCUCUGUUUUCUAGAUUUUUCGUGUGUUUUGUCUGUUUCUUUUCGGGGGAGGGACAGGGACCGUGUUGUUGUUGUUUUUGUUUUUUUUCUUAAGACGGGGCAUUUGAGGACAGGAGAUAUUACUGCAGUAGACAUAGUGAUAGAAUAAACAGACCUCUCACCUUGUAACUACUUUGUGGAAGGGACCCACGAUAGCUGUCAGCUCAACUGUAGGCGGACUGGUCCACUGUGUGUGCCACAUGCAGUUCUGUAUAUGAAGUUACAUUCACAUUAGGCCAGUCUGUAGUGAUGCAAACACACUGUAACCCCCUCACCUGGAGGAGCAGUGGAGCACCACGCUGUCCCAGGUCCCCCCCCCCUUGUUGCCUAAACAACCAAACCGUCUCGCAGUGUGAUGUCAUCUCCGUCCUCCUUCUCUUCUUCUCCACAAACACGUUAGUUUCGAGAGGAGCCCCUUUUGUGAUUUUUGACGCCUGCACGAGUGCACAAAGCUCCAAGUAGUGAAUUCCUAUUCCGACCUGUAGGGAAAUGUAUGUUUGCGUGUGUGUGUGUGUGUGUGUGUCUGUGCAGAAUCUCUACGUGUGUGCUCAGGCGUACUCUGUGGAAUCUUCACCAAAGAUGAUGAUGUCCAUGUGUGUUUCUAUCCCAGUGUUUUCCUUUCCAAGAUGUACACGUUCUGUUUCUUCUUCGGGACUCAACCCUCUGCUGUUUGUAAAUCCACCAAACAAAUGUAUUUUUUUGAUUUGUACAGAAACAGUGUAUUUAAUUCAAAGUGUGGGGGGGAGGGGGGGGACUGAAAUGUCAGGCGUCUUUAGUGCACCUGUUGCCAACGUGUGUAUAUUGUGACCUGCGACCAUUAUCGCUGCAGUAUCGCAGUUUUGUGUAUAUAAGGAACAACAAUGACAAAAUCUUCUUCCUGUACAAUCGACUCACCCCCCCGUUUCUUUUUCCCCUCAAACUGUUUUCUGACGAUGUUCAUGCUCCUACGUACGUGUUAGCGAUUCUGUGUGACUCACUGGGCACCGUUGAGCAAGGCACUAACACUGCCGGGCUUUCAUCCCAAAUUGUAGCCACCCAUGUUUGAAGAAAAAAACAAAACAAAAAAAAAGAAGUAUCUAUAUAUAUAUAUGCAUUGUAAGGUGCCUCAGCUAAAAGUGGCAUCCACCAGCCGGCACGUGUGAUGUCAUUUCUGUACCUUGUUCUCUCACCUCCUGUGUAUUUGGUUGUGGUAUGAGUCCGUGUUAGAGAAGAAGAGGAAGAGGAAGAAGAAGAAAAGGAGAAUCUGACGUGAUUGACUUGAAGAAAAACAAAACCCUGAGCGCAGUGGGACCCCGGUGCCCCCCUGACAAAUAGACCCAGACCAAAGUCACAAGCAAUACUCCUGAUGUCUCCCCUCAUGUCAGCCCCUCGCAAACAGGAGUCUGAACUAAGUCCCCCAACCCCCAGUCUCUGUCUCCUGUUCUAUUCUCUCCACAAAGCUGUCUGAGGUAUUUUUAUACAUAUAUGCAUAUAUAUAUGUACAUUUCCCUCCCUAAAGGACUGCCUGCUUCCAAGUUUUCUUUUACUUUUGACUGCACUAAAGAUGUCAACUGAUGAUGUCAUGAUGAAAAAACCGUCCCCGUUUCCGGAUUGGAUGGAAACUAUCACAGCAAGAACUGAACUGCUUAUGCUUAACCCCCUUUGUGAACCCUCGCUGAUCAGUGACCCCUCUCCUCUCCGGCCCCGGCAGCCGUCGUCUGCAGGGGGCUUUAUUAUUUUUGUUGGUUUUUCAUUUUUGUGUGGUGACUCCAGAGACGCUCGGGCAGCGUUCAGAGCCGGCCGCUCUCUCUUCCCCCCCGUUCUCCCCCUCUCCAGUUGUCCGAUGUGUGAAAAACUCUACACCAACGAAAAACCACAACCUUGCAUGUACUACCAACACUGAAGCUGCACCUAGCAUGAUGACAAACUUUUAAAGGACUCGUGUAGAAAAAAAAAAGAUGAAAACAGCUAAAGAUAGAUAUAUAAAAUGAACAAAAAAGAAUAAAAGAGUUCUUAGUUUA